AUGACCACUCAGUCUUUUCUGAACUUUCCAGGCAGCCUUUCACAUCAGUUGGAUCAGAUCGACACACGCGAAACCCCUAACCAGUACAACUUCAUACCCCCAUCGUCUACUAUGGACGGAAACAGCCGGCAAUCGCUAGACUCCAAGAAUAGCGCAUAUAUGCACCUCGAGAGCCAACUAGAGGAGUCCAAACAGCAUAUACAUUUGCUCGAACAGCGGAACCAGCAGCUCGCACAGGAUAGAGAUCUUCUUUCAGCACAAGUAGCAGCAUUACAGAGUUCAUUUGUCAUGCUUACCAACUCACUUCAAGUUGGACGAAACGGGCACAUCGGCAAUACUGUUACCACAAGCAGUGCCAAUGAAGCAGACAAGGAUCUCAGUCCCGACGAGUACAAAGAUGUCAAUUUUUGGACUCGCUCCAAGUGGACAUUGCACGUUCAAGCCGAGAAGGCUGUUGCGAAGCUAGGGUCCAGUGCUGCAACACAACGCGGAUCGACGAGGCUUGCGAAAGGCGAAAAUGUUGCAUGUCAAUUCAUCGAAGAUGCUGCUGGUGUGCCCGUGGAUGGACACAGGGCAAAGGCUGCACGUAGCGUGUUUUCCGCUUACCUCCAUCAGUUGAAUCAAGCAGGUGUAAAACUGCCUACCAGUUGGUCUCAAGUCCCUCUCGACCUCAAGGAGGGUUUCUACCAUGCGAUAAGAACAAAUUACAUCGAAUUCAGAUACUGCGCUGACAACUGGAAAGCCGAACAUCUCGCAAUGCAGAACUACUCACAAUGGUACAAAUACCACGUCGGAGGCAGUCGAAAGAGAGGACGAUCAGAAGUGCUAACGUCCCAAGACGACGAGUCAGCAGAAUCAUCAUCACACAUCAAGAAGCCAAGAAACAAAGUGACGACACCAGAAGAUUCAGAUCUCGAGUAUAUGGACAUUGAUACUCCCCCCAGUGUCACCUCUAACCAAUCUCCCAUUGUCGUUACCUCUCCUACUCACAACACUCUCGAUGACUUCCUAGAUCCGGCGCUAAAGGCUCUCAGUGCUCCCUCCAACCCCGAUACUGACACGCCCACCACUAGUACUAACACCUAUUUGAAUAUUAGCAAAUCUAGGGUCGCUGGUGUGUCGGGGACAUUCCGACUUGGAGGGCCUACAAACGCAAGCACAACAUCGGCAUCAAGCUCAUCAAGUUCGUCGUCUAUUCCUGCGACCAUGACCAUGAUUCCUCCAACAACAACCACAAUUCCUGCGACACCGAUAUUGAUUCCUACAACCGCUGCGAACGCGAUUCCUACAACCACUGCAAACACGAUUCCUACUCUCACCGCCACCAUCAGUAAGCCCAAGCCCAAACCAAAACCUCGUCCAGUCAAAGCUCCCAUAGCACCGAAAGAACCGAAUGCGCCAAGCAAAGCCAAGGCGAUGCGCAUCCAGAAGACCAUAAAUGCACAGUGCAUUUAUAUUAUUGAUGCUAGAGUAGUUCUAACGAUCCUCGACAGGAAUCUAUGCGCAGCUGCGUGGAAAGCCGCCGGCAAUCUGCUGGGCACAGCGAAGCAAUUCAAAGGGUACUGGGAGCAGCUUCCCGCUGCAGAGAAAGCCGUAUUUGAAGCGCAAGCUCAAACAUUGCUGGCUACGAACACAUUGGCACCAGUCGCUACCACUGGCAGUGGGCCUCGAGGCAACACUGAGGAGGAGUUCGCUGGAUCCGACGGAGACAAGUAG